CACACACGCACACACACAUAUACACACUCACACUCACACACACUCCCAUUCAAUCUUAUAGUAACCCUUACACAAUCUCUCUCUCUCUCUCUCUCUCUCUCUCUCUCUCUCUCUCUCUCUCAGGAAGUGCUACAGAUAUCUGGAGUGGCUUGUUCACCCUGUCCCCUCCCAGCCUCCCUGUCAAUCCGCUCUCCCGUUUGCCUGGAAUACUGCUCUUCAUGCACGGCUCUGAGCCUGGGGAUGAACACCCUGUGACUGGUAAUGAACACGCUGGGAUUGGGAAUGAACACUCUGGGAUUGGGAAUGAACACUCUGGGAUUGGAAAUUAACACUCUGGGAUUGGGAAUGAACACUCUGGGAUUGGGAAUUAACACUCUGGGAUUGGGAAUGUCGCUGCUCUUCCUUGUCCUUCUGCCAGAUACAAAAGGUCUGCAGUGCAUUAACUCAGGGGAUCCCUGCUUGAAUGGAGGACGCUGUCUCACCAACUCUAACAAGACUGACUCCUGUCUCUGUCGGCCAGGAUUCUGGGGGUCUCUCUGCCAGUUUGGGGACCCCUGCUCUGGAAGCAUCCCACGUUGUGUGAACGGGGGGACCUGUGUGCCGGUCCAGCUGCGAGGCAAUGAGUCAGCGAGCCACACCUGCAUCUGUACACCUGGGAGAACUGGUGAGAGAAGAGAGGGAGGCCCGCGGUGCGAGCUGGAGGACGCCUGUCUGUCCCGCCCCUGUCACGAGGACGCUGUCUGCAUCACUCACCCGUUGACAGGUCUGGCGGUGUGUACCUGUCAAACUGGGUUCAGCGGAGCAGACUGCAGAGAGGACCUGAACGAGUGCGAGAUGGGCUUGAACCCGUGUGAGCACGGAGGUGUCUGUGUGAACACAGCCGGCUCCUUCCAGUGCCAGUGCCAGCGAGGGUACAGUGGGACGCGCUGCCACUCCGACAUCAACGAGUGCCUGUCCCAGCCCUGCCAACAUCGCGGCACCUGCAUGGACAAGGCAGGGGGCUACCUGUGCAUCUGUGAGCCUGGUUACACUGGUCUGCAGUGUGAGGAGGAGCGAGACCCCUGCCACAGCGCCCCCUGUGCAAACCAAGGGAACUGCAGGCAAGUGGACCGGCUGUACUACAAGUGUGUGUGUCAGCCAGGGAGCACAGGCCCGCGCUGUGAGGAGCUCCUUGACAGGUGCGCCUUGAACCCGUGUCUGAACGGAGGCUCCUGUGUGGAGGGGGAGGGGGGUCUGCAGUGUGCCUGUCAGGGGGGGUAUACCGGCCCUCACUGCGAGCACAGACUCGACUCCUGCAACCCCAGCACGGAGCGUAUCAUUGUGUGUCUGAAUGGGGGACGCUGUGUGGACUCCCCCGGCUCUCCUCACUGCCUGUGUCUGGAGGGGUUUGUGGGCAGCGCCUGUCAGGACCCUGUAGACCCCUGUGAGAGGGGACCUUGCCUCAACGGGGGGGUCUGCACCCCACGGGGCAACACUGGAUACACCUGCCAGUGCGCUGCUGGCUUCACUGGCUCGAACUGCUCCAGUGCUGUGGAUGAGUGUCUCUCUCAGCCCUGUCAGAACGGAGGCAGCUGCGUAGAUCGCAUCAACUCCUUCCAGUGUGUGUGCCCUGAGGGAACCAGCGGCUCUCUCUGUGAAGUCGACCAUGACGACUGUGACCCAUUGACCUCUGAACCCCUGUGUUUCCAUGGGGGUGUCUGUGUGGACAGGGUCGGAGGUCAUGCGUGCCUGUGCCCUCCUGGCUAUGUGGGGGCUCGCUGCGAGGGUGACGUCAACGAGUGUCUGUCCAACCCUUGCAUCCAGCCAGGGUCACUGAGCUGCGUCCCCGGAGUCAACCAGUACCACUGCCUCUGCAGGACUGGGUAUACUGGUCAGCACUGCGAGUCUGUGAUUGACAGCUGUCAGUCAGCCCCCUGUCAGAAUGGAGGAGUGUGCACUGUGGAGCCAGGGACACCCCUGGGGUACACCUGCCAUUGCACACAGGGUUUCUCGGACCCGGACUGCAGUACCCCCCUCCUCCAGCCCCCCUCCCCCUGCCUCUCGCAACCCUGCCAGUCGGGGGGCACCUGUGUGCCAGUGCGGGGGUCGCCCUCUGGCUUCCGCUGCCUGUGCACCCCCAAACACAGCGGGGCGCGCUGUGAGAGUGACAGAGAGGGGGAGGGGGCACAAACACACACCUUCCCUUUCACCCCUGACCCCUGGACACUCUGCCCCCCUGCUCUGGGCUGCCCUCAGAAGUUCAGGGACGGGAGAUGCGAAGCGGAGUGUGCCGGAGCAGAGUGUCUAAGAGAUGGGUUCGACUGCCUGACAGACAACACCGCCUGCGACCCCCGCUAUGUGCACUACUGUCGGGAUCACUAUGGGAACGGUCACUGUGAGUCGGGGUGUCACAGUGGCCCCUGUGGCUGGGACGGAGUGGAUUGUUUUGGGGGUGCGCCUCGCGGUUUUGAGGGCUCCCUGGUGCUCCUGACCUCCUUGUCCGUGGGGGAGGUGCUGAAGGGGAACCUCUCUUUGCUGUGGGGUCUCAGCGCUGUGCUCAGGACAGGGGUGAGGAUGAUGGGGACCCCGCAACCCUCCGACCCCCGCCGCGACCUCCGCGACCUCCGCGACCUCCGAGACCUGCAGCGGUCAGGGCCGGGGCAGGAGGAGGAUGAUGUCACUGGCUCCUUGGUUCUGAUUCAGGUUGAUAAUCGCCCCUGCUCUCUGGUCCCUGAUUCCUGUUUCCACACGGCUGAACAGGCUGCCCACUUCCUUUCUGCGGUGAUGUCACAGGGGGGCAGGAUCCUCCCAGAACUCCCCUUCCCACUGACGGCAGUGUGGGGUGUGGGGGGGAUGGGCGAGGGCGAGGGCCAGGCCAAGGAGCAUGAAGACCCCCCCUCUCUCUGGCUCUGGGUUGCUAUUGGCAUGGCCUCCGCGCUGGUCCUCGCAGUGGCAGCCAUUGUGAUCGGGGUGAAGGUCAUCGCCCCCCGCAGGUGCGGUGGGGAACUGCCGGCAGUGCGCAGCCAGCACAGACAGGGCAGCGCAGUACACAGCAGGGACCACCAGGGGGCAGCGUGGAACAGCAGCAGCCGCAGCAGCACAGGACUGACUCGGAGCAAGAAGCAGAACGGGCAAAAACAGGGCAAGGAUUCCGGGAGGAAGAGGAGGGAGCCGCUGGGAGAGGACGCCAUUGGGUUGCGUCCUUUGCGUCACAAUCCUGAUUAUGGAGAGGAAGUGGAUUUCACCCAGAGUUCCCUGGAAGAGGGGCCUCCUGGAGACAGGAACUUACAUCCCGAGGAGGACGAUGACAGCAUCCGUGACCAUCGACCCCUGGGGCAGAAGCACUUCCAGGUCACAUCUGAUAUCCCACAAUCUCCUGGGAGACAGGAUGGUGGUGUGGGGAGUGCUCUGCUCGGCUCAGCUUCUGAGUUCAACUGCAGCUCUGAUUGGACCGGCUCCAGAACUGCACUGUGUCAGGCCUCGGAGCUGGGCUCUGCAGAUAGCGAGGGGGUAACAGCUCUGAUCUCAGCCACCAGGCUCUCUGCGGAGAGCAGAGUGAGAGAGCUGCUGCAGAGAGGAGCUGACGUGAACAGGACUGACCACAGAGGCAGGUCUGCUCUCCACUGGUCCUCUGCAGUGAAUAACCCCUCUGCAGCUCGCACCCUGCUCCAGCACGGGGCAGCUAUAGACCUGCAGGACUGCAAGGGUGAAACGCCCCUCUUCCUGGCAGCCAGGGAGGGGAGCUAUGACACUGCUAGGCUCCUCCUCCAGGGAGGGGCCAAUCAGGAGCUGCCAGAUCACAGGGGGCGGCUCCCACGUCACAUGGCCCAGGACCGCUCACAUCACGACAUCCUCAGGCUGCUAUUGGCUGCUGCUGGGGGUCAAGGCCCACCAAUCAAGAAAAAGGGAACUACAAAUGGACUACAAAACAAGAUGGCUGCCGCCAGGGACGGCAGAAAUUAUCUGUAUCAUUUUGGCUGGCAGGAGCCUCAUAAUUACCCACAAUCCUUUUGUGAGGCUGGGUAUGGGCGGCCCUACAAUGUUCACGGCAGGAGUGCUUCCUUUUCCGGGGUCAUAGGUCACCAUCAGAGCUUUGCUCACCCGGGAGCGAGGAUUCACAGCAGGGAGGAGUGGGCAGCUCUCCGCAGUGGCAGGCUCUCCCCUCAGCACUGGACGCAGCCUCACAGCCAAUCAGUGACCGCCCUGGUGAGCCCCAGAAUCCACGCCAAGUCCUCUCGACCAAUCGACACGCUACAGGAAGUGACCUCAGAGGCCGAGGAGGAAACAGGAAGCGUUGCCUCCCCCAGGGGGCACCAGGCCCAAAACCUAAAACAGGAAGAGGCGCCUCACUUCCUGUACUCCCAUGAGCAAAUGCGGCCAAUGGGGCGGCAGAGAUCGUUUUCCUGUAACCAGCAUGCAUUGCGGCGCUCUAAUGUCACGCCGUGCCAUCCUCUCGACCAAUCAGCAGGUUCAAAUCCAAGCCCUGCCUCUCUGGUGACGGUAGCCGAUGGGAAUGCUGAAGCCCGUUGUCUGAGUUCCUCCUCUGCAUCAUCUGACCAAUGCGGAAAGAGUUUGUGCAAAAAAGGGGACAGCAACGGCCAAUCAGAUUGCAAGGUUGAAGUGGAAGGCAGUAACUGUGCUGGGGGGAGAUAGACAGGACAGAGCAGGCACACAUUGUGAACUGAAGACCAGCUUUGAGAACAGUGAUGAGCAACAUAUAACAGACUUACAAGCUGGUAAUAUAAAGACCCUGUCUGCUCUGCUUAGCUUUACACUAAACAAAAACAUCUCACUGUCAAUAGAGUGUACCCCAUGGGACUGAUUCACCUGCCAUAGCACUGUCAAU